CAGUUGCAGGUUGCAGUGUUAGAACAUUUCACUGACCAUGAACAAGAUGAAGAAGAAGCUGCCUGAGCAGAUCCUGAAUCACAUCCUAGAGAUUCUCUACCUGCUGACGGGAGAGCGUGUGACUAACUCAGUGACAGCGAGUCACAUGACCGGGGACAAGAUGGCAACUGAGAGGAUACUGACCCACACCCUGCAGAUCAUGUACCUGCUGACAGGGGAGGUGCCUAUAAAGUGUGAUGAUGUUGCUGUGUAUUUCUCUAUGGAGGAGUGGGAGUAUAUAGAGGGACACAAGGAGCUUUACAAGGACGUCAUGAUGGAGACUCACCAAGCACUAAGGAUUACGGAGAUCCCAGGAGAUGAGAGCUCAGGUAACGUUGUGUAG